AUGGGUCUCUUGCCAACUCCAACAAAUGCUACUCUCCGUGCCCUCGCAGUGUCAUAUUUGUACCCUGCUCUUCUUUUGGGGUCUGUCGAAAUUUAUCAGCGUAUCACUAGAACCUCCGUCAGCUUAACUCGUAAGAUUAUUCAUUUGGGUGCCGGCACUUACAUGCUGGCGACGCUUUAUUUAUUUGAACAAUGGCAGUGGACCGUUUUCCUAAUGGGAUCUUUCGUCGUGUUGAAUGCCAUAUUUUGGCGAAUGAGAAUUUUUAAAGCGAUGGAUACUCAACAAGCGACACCUGGAACUGUCUACUUUGCUUUUUCAUGUGCAUUUCUUCUUGGCUGGUUUCAUCAGGGUUGGGAAGAUGGUUUUCCACGUGGACGUGAAUAUAUUGCGAUAGCGGGUAUAAUGGCCAUGACCUAUGGUGAUGCUUUCGCAGCCAUUAUUGGAAAACGAUAUGGCAAACAUGAAUAUCAGGUUAUUGGCGAUGGGGAUAAUAGACGUACUCUUGAAGGAUCUCAAGCGAAUUUCAUUGCUUCUUUUUUGGCAGUCUCAAUAACUUGGAUGAUAAUGUCUCCUCCUGAGCUUAACAACUAUUGGGAUAUUAUUUUCGGUUCAAUAAUUGCUGCCGUAGCAAGUACCGCUUUUGAAGCGAUCAGCCCAAGAGGAACUGAUAAUUUAACAGUUCCAAUCGGUGUAAGUUUUACAUUAUCAUGGCUUGGAUACUAG